AUGGCGCGGGGCGGAGGUGGCGGCGCGGCCGGCAGCCGGAGCUGGAUGUGCCAUUCCCUGCAGCGCGGGUGGUUCCACGCGGCCGCCACCGUCCUCGGGAGGAAAACGGGUGCGGAGCAGCAGUGGCUGGAGCGGCACAGGAAGGAUCCCUUCGUGAAGGCGGCCAAGCAGCAGAGUUACCGUUGCCGAAGCGCCUUCAAGUUGCUGGAGAUGGACGACAAGCAUCGCAUCCUGCAUCCCGGGCUCUCUGUUCUGGACUGUGGAGCGGCCCCCGGCGCUUGGAGCCAGGUUGCUGUGGAGAGGGUCAAUGCCCUGGGUGCCGAUCCCACUGUCCCUACUGGUUUUGUCCUUGGAAUUGAUCUUCUGCACAUUUCCCCGCUGGACGGAGCAGUCUUUCUGUCGAAGGCCGACGUUACAGACCCAGCCACGCUUAGGACGAUUCUCAGCUUGCUUCCUGCAGGGAAGGUGGAUGUUGUCCUGAGUGACAUGGCCCCUAAUGCAACUGGCUUCAAAGAACUGGACCAUCAGAAGCUGAUCAAGUUAUGCCUAGGCCUUCUGGAUCUAUCCCGAAGUAUUUUAAAGCCCAAAGGAACCCUACUCUGUAAAUUCUGGGAUGGGCAGGACUCCCAUCUUCUUCAGGGGAGACUGAAGGAGCAGUUUCAAGAUGUGAGAACUGUAAAGCCUCUGGCCAGCCGGAAGGAUUCUGCUGAAUCUUACUACUUGGCAAGACUUUACAAAGGGAAAUGAUAACUGAGAACUGCAGAUCAUCAAAUUGGUGAUCAGGCACUGGCUGGAAAGUUUUACUUGGCAUAUAUUUAAUAUAAGCUCCCAACUUUAAAUGUUGCAUUUUUGAGCACUACCUGGGUUAAUAUGCUGGAAAUCUUAUGAACAAUGCUUUUCAAAUACAAAAAAAAUGAAACGAGGAUGGUGCCCUACUGCGUUUAUCCACUAGUUAUACAAGCAGAGACGUCCAAUUUAGCCUCUCACCUGUGGAGAAAUCUGCCAGGAAGAAAAUAAUCUGAAAGGAAACCUCCUGGGCUGGAGUAAUGAAAAUAAAACAGUGUUUAUAGUGCUUUUUUUAACAUGUGUGCUUGAAAAUCAUUGCACUACUACUGCUGUCAUAUUGGAGAUUAACCACAAAGGCAAUUUCCAAAACGACAGGGAAUGACAUGAGGAGCUUGAGCCAAUUUAUUUCCUCUUUGUCUUUCUUAAAAGCUAGUGCAAUUUAUUAGCUCAUGUGAAAACAGAUAACACUUCUGCAUGUCAGAAUCUGCCCCUAUAGGCUGUCACUUAUGUUCUGUAAUGCAGACAUGCAGAGUACAGGACUCUGGCUCUGGGAUACUGCAAGGCUUCAUUGCUUUACCUAAAGGCACACGAUGUCUUUGGUUAUUAUUACUUCAUGUACUCAUAACUCCAGCAAACAACAGAGGAUCAUCACAGUUGAGAAGAUAAUUUUUCCCUGUGUUUUCAGUAGUGUUUCAUAUUUCACUA